CCACUUUACCAGACUGUGACACAGUUACAAUAAACACGUGUUGAAUUUGUUGUAUUAAAUUUCACUGCAUCAACAUUGUUUCCAGGCCACGAUUUCGAACUUUAGAAAACUUGAAGCAAUACGAUUAUUUUUGAAUAGUUAAACUUCCUAAUAAUCAAGUUAUUGAACGACUUGGAUCAUGUUCCACAUUAUAUUUGAGAUGCGACCUUCACAAACGACAACUGUCCGAUAAAUUCAUACAAGUCAAGUCUUUUUUAACGAAAAGGCAUUAUCGUGGGUUAAGUCUUCAGUACUGGAAAGGCUUCAGCUGUUUCAUCAAUGUCGUUGUCGUCUGCUGCUGUGCCUUCAUCCAGGAAUAUAUCAGAUGAUGAAAAGAGAUGGAUUGUUAUUGGUCUUAUUUUGAACAAGACUUUGACCACAGCAUUAAGACAAAUCGUUCGUGAUCAAAUGGUCAAUUGGCACCAAACUUUAAUCCACCCACCAACAAACAUUGAUAAACAAACUUUUUCUAAACAUAUGAAAACACUUCCACCAUCCACUUUGAAUCUUAACUAUGGCAGUAUCAACAACAAUUCAACUCACAAACUCUCUAAAUCCGCUUUUGAUUAUUCUGUUAAAGACCCAUUAUCGUUGGCCAAGCUGUUUGUUAAGCCUUUCAUGGCAGGUUUUAAUGCAUUCGACCAUACUAUGGAUACAUCUGCAGUUCUUUCAGUUAUGUGUGAGGCAGAACCAUUCAUCAAAUCUGGCGCAAAUGCUUUAGCUAAUAAAGUGAGAGAAGAUAUUAGAAACAAAUGGGCACAUUGUAAUUUUUGUCAUUGGACUGAAGCAACAUUUCAAACUGCUGUAGCAGACAUUAAGGCAUUGGUAUCGAAAGCUGGAUUUUCCCCUUUGGAAGAAAAGCAUGUUUUAUAUGAUGUUGAUGGUUGGGAAAAAAUCGAAAACGACCUGUGUUCUGAUCAGCCAGUUGACCAAAACGUACUCAGACAUCUGCAGGAGGAAAUUAUUUGCCUAAAAGAUUCUUUUUCGGACCAAAUGUUGAAAUCUGUGUCCAAGGAAGAAGAACGUAUUAUUGAAGAGCUGGAUACCUUAACUGCAGCCUUUUCCGACAUAAUGAAUGCGCUUCGUGCAAAUCCAGGGGAUCUAUUGCAAAAAUAUAUUUCAAGCAGACAGGAGAUUCGAGCUUUAAGUAUAGAAUUAAUACAUCAACAAGAUUUAGAAAAUCUUUAUGUAUUUCACGCUCCUGAUCAACUACCUUGGUUUAUUGGUCGAAUGAAACAGAUUGAAGCACUAGAAACUAUUCUGACAGAUGAAAAUCAAACGAAUGGAUCAUGUUCAAGAAAAGCAGCACUGUGUGGUCUAGGAGGAACUGGAAAGACGAGUCUUGCAAUAGAACAUGCACAUCGUAUGAAAGAUUUUUAUAAAGGUGGCGUUUUUUGGCUUUCUGGUGCGAAUGAAAAAAAUUUUGAAAUGUCAGUGAACGAUUUGGCUUUAAAAAUUUUGCCAUUUGCUUCUGGUUCGUUUGAUCGUACAUUGUCUCAAACUUUGGAAAAAAUAUCUCGUAUCAAGAAAUCUUGGCUGCUUGUCAUCGAUAAUAUGGAUGAGUUGAAACUUUCAUCACAUCUUCGGAAGUUACUUUCUGGUCCAUGGCAAAAAAAUUGUAACCAUGGUUCUAUUCUUAUUACCACCAGACGAAAGCCAAGUAACGUUGCACAAGAAGUCAUGGAUAUAGCUGAAAAUUUGUGCAUUCAAAUCCUUUGUUUUGAUCUGGACGAUGGUAUAGAUUUCCUGUUUUCUAGGACUGGUAUUUUACGUAAUGACGCCAGCGAAAUGUCAGCGGCACGGAAACUUGUUGAAGAACUUGGUGGACUACCGCUGGCCCUUGAACAAGCAGCUGCAUAUAUUUGUUAUCUAAAAUGUCCGUUGUCCUCUUAUCUUGAAACUUUCUUGAAAAAAAGGCUUUCUCUUAUUAAUCAACAGCAAGUCAAUCCAACAUCUACUUAUUAUUCCGACGAGAGAUUGACUGUUCAAACAACCUGGCAACUUAACAUUGAUCACAUAGCUCAACAUUCCGAAGGAAAGAAUGCAAUUCGAUUUUUGAACGCUUGUAUUUAUUUUAAUCCCCAUGAAAUCCAAGAAGGAUUAAUAAAUGCUGGAACACCAUUAAUUGAUGACAAAGAUUUCCGUGAGUUUGUAGGAACAUCUUUGGGAAAAUGUCAAAUUUGUAAAUUGCUGACUGAUUUUUCACUUUUCCAACAGUCCAGUCAUCAAUGUUUAAAAGUUCAUCGCCUGGUGCAAGAGGUCAUUAAAGAUGGUUUUAGUUUCAGUGAACGAGAAGAGAGUUUUGUUGAUGCUGUCCGUUUGUUAAAUCAUAGCUUUCUGGAAUCAUAUUCUCCACAUCAACUACUAUCGUCUGCAAAUGAAGGAAAUCGGAGUUCUAAUGACUUUACCAAUCAAUCUUUGUUCUACAGUUGGCGAACACUGUGUACACAUGCCGCCGAGAUUGAGAAAAAUGUGAAAGAAUUAUUUUUACCUCAAGACAGUAGUGUUAAAAAGAAUGUGUUUUUCAGUGAAACUGCUAACAUAAUCUACCAGUACGCCCUUUACUUAAGUGCAUUUUGCAGGCAUAACGAGGCAUUACAAGCAAAAUAUUUCGCAAUGAAGAUUUUAGAUUGGGCUAUAAGUAGUGAUGCUGAGAUAAAAGCGGCACUAAAUUUGUUUUCAAUCUACGUUUUCCCAUUGCCUGAAUAUAUACGAAGACACGUUCAGUACUGCUCUCAAGCACCGUAUGCAGCCUGCAAAAAUGAAGAGAAUCCAUUGAUUGAGAAUGAAGAAGAAGCCAAGAAGUUUGAAAAAUUACGCUUAGAAGGAAAUAAAUUAUUUCAAGAAAACCGUCUUGAAGAAGCUGUAAAAUUGUAUUCGAGUGUAAUAAGUAGAAACGGAAAAGAUGAUGGCUUUGAUCCAAGAUUUUUUUCCAAUCGAGCAUCAGCAUAUCUUCGACUUGGUCAGUUUAAAAAAGCUUUGCAAGAUGCCGAACAUUAUAUAUCGAAGCUUCCGAAUUGUUGGAAAGGUUACGCCAGAAAAGCGCUGGCGUUGAAAGGUUUAGAAGACCGUCUUGGCGCUGAAAUGGCUGCGUGUCAAGCAUAUUAUUUACUUCCCAAUAUUUUCGAAAAAUAUGAACCUUUUAAGGAGUUUUCAUAUUUGCAACAGCAUGUCACCCAUUGUGACUCAACUGAACAAUUUUUGCUGGCUGUCAAUGGUCAUCGCGAUCUAUCCAACACUCAAGUUCUAUUUCUACAACCAGGAACGUACCAUAUAAAUAAAGAAUCUAUUAAUCUUUACAACAUCAUCGUUAUAGGUUGUCCUGAAGAUAUGAAAAACGGCAAAAUCACCAUGAAACUAAAAGGAUCCAUAUUUAUUCGCGUUUUUGAGAGAUGUGCUGUUGCUAAUAUGGAAUUUUUGUUUGAACAAGGGAAUUUUAUUAGUAAGUUUUCAUUCGAGGCCUUCAUUUCUAAUUGUUCUUUUACUUCUUCCAACAAGGCAAUUCCAUCUUUCCAAAGCGAAGGAUUCGUGAAAAUAGAAAACAGUUGUUUUAGUAAUUGUGGUGCAGGAGGCUUGCUUUGUUUAGGCACUUCAAGCCUGCGCAAUUGUUUAUUUUUUGGAAAUGGAAAGUCUGGUCUCGAAGUUCGUGAAGGAGGCGUUUUAACUGCUGAAAAUAUUUAUUCGUACAAUAACGUAGGUGGCUUGCUUGUUGGUCCUAGAGCGAAAAAGUGCCACAUUGCAAACAGCAAGCUAUAUUGUAACAAAACUGACGGUAUUUUCGUUCGUGACAGCAAUGACAGCCAUGGCGAUAUACAAUUAAACAACAAUUCAAUUUUUCAUAAUGACCACUUUGGAGUAUCAGUUCGAGACUCCACAGUACUACUGAAGAAGAAUUUUGUCUAUGAAAACAAUUAUUGGGGAAUAUGGUUACAAUGUAAUUCUUGUGGUAAAAUUUCCCACAACAAAGUUUCAGGAAAUCGAGUUGGAGGAAUUCGUGUUGGAAAAAGACCUGUUUUAUGGACACCGUCUGUUGUGGAAAAUAAUGAAAUUUGUGAUAAUAGUGGCCCUGGUAUUGUGGAAAAUAUCAAUGAUGUUGAUGUUAAUCAUUUUAUGUUCAGACAAAUCUAUCCAGUUGCCACGGCAAAUCCUUUCAAUUGUCAUACUCCAAUCCUGCAAAACCUGCCAACUGCUGAAAUACGUGAGAACAAACUGCACGGUAACAUUGAAAUGAAUGAUACAAAUUCAGGUCUAUGCAAUGUUUUGUGUAAGCAUCAAUUCUGCUCGUAUUGCAAAAAAGCUGGUGAACUAAAGAAGUGUAAGCGGUGUUACGCUGUUGAAUACUGUGACAGAAAAUGUCAAAAAAAUCAGUGGAAAACACAUAAAAAUAUCUGUCAUCAAUUACUUGAACGAACGAGUCUUCUUCUUACGUCAACGGAAAGUAUUAUUGGUAACCAAAGAGAGAUCAUUAAUUGUCACUUUCAUGGACUUGAAGAAGUUGGUCCAAAUUUCAGUAAACCUCCUCCAAAAAAUGGUGAACGUUUUAUCGUUAAAGUGCAAGACAACGUUAAUAUGUUCUCUGGCGAUAUUUUAUCUCUACUAAUCUACGAUCGGAGUCUCACUAUUUAUGAAGAAUUUGAAUCCAGUCAUGUUCAAAAUCUUAUUAGAGAUUUGGGUGCCACUUGUCAACAACAGUAUGUACAAAAAAAAUUGUUUAUGUGGGCGGCUUACACCAAAGAAAACGUUAUCCGUAUUUUUCUCAAUGAUUUUCCUCCUUAUCAACUGUGGUAAACUAACACUCCAGUUUUCAUUUGUAUAGAUUAGAAUUAAAAUAAUGGAAGCUUGCAUGCUCAAGAAAUUGAGCUGUCAUUAAUUAACGUUUUUUACAUUUACAAGCUUUAUAAGCAAGUUUUGAUUUGAAUUCUCUUUACGUGGAAUACAAAAGCUGUGGAAAUGUUUGGUUCAUGUUGAGAUGAAGUUACGACUUAUGUAUAUAUACAAUGAAUAAUGUCUUCAGAUAUAAUAAUCACUUAAUCAUAUUCAGAUAUAUAACCAAUACAUCGUUUUUUAAACAAUCUUUUAAA